GAGACAUAACAAUAGCAUUCCGCGUCGGACGGACAAGCCAAAUGAAUCCAGUUUACUUGUUAUACCCCAGUCAUUCGCUUGUGUGUUUUGUCAGUCAUGUACCAAUUUUUUCGGUAGUGAUGUAAAACAAAAGAGUAUAUUUCGUGUGUGUUUGAAAACAGUACGACGAGGUGACUAAUAAAGAUGUGUUAAGUGGAUUCUGUUAUUUUAGUGGAUUUUUCCAGUUAAAGCGGUAAGAAUAAAGAACAAGAUGGGGUUGAAAUUGCUGAUACACCUGAUUGUUGGGAUCGUCGUGCCAAUUCUAGCGGAAAUCGAAAUGGAAUUCACGAAAUAUCCAGAAUCAGUGACAGCACCAGUCGGCGAUGAAGUCACGUUCGAGUGUGCUGUAAGAGUACCUGGGGAACGCUUGGCCUGGAGGUGGCGGCCUGACAAUGGUUUAUGGACAGAUUGGAAUAAUGUUUCUGGGACCAAUGACAAAGACAGCGUCUCUACACGUCUCGUCGUUCAGAUUAAAGAGGACACGCCUACUGCUUUGUAUCAAUGCAUUGUGUGGUAUGGAUCAAUCAUUUUAGUGUCAAUUCCUGCACGACUUUCAAUCGCAAAGAUUGAUCUUCAUAAGAAUACUCAAGAGAGGCGAGUUAUAACUGCUCCACUCCACAACACUGUAGUGUUACAUUGCAAGGAACCACUCUCUGAGCCUCCAGCUAGGUUGAGCUGGUGGAAGGAAACGUCUGCGGGUGCCAGAAAAUCAAUAGAAACUCCUAAUGGCGUUCUUGUUAUAAAUAACGCUACAAUAGAAGAUAGUGGUACAUAUGGCUGCAUGGCUACCAAUGAUAUCAGUGAUCAAACCGUUGAUUUACCUGAGAGGACUUACCUGAAAGUUCAACAUGAAGGGCACGACGGACUUAGAUUUCUCGAAUCAGCUGAAUAUGUAGGGACAGUGGACAAAGAGGGUGUGCUCACUGUACCAGUUGCACCAGAGGAUACGUUGAGAUUAUGGUGCGGACUCGUGGGAACACCACCACCACGGAUCGAGUGGAGUAAAGGCACUGAUAUUAUACCUGGAAAUUCACACAGUCUUGUCGUGGAACAGUUUAGUAAUGAGCACGAGGGCAUCUACUCCUGCUCGGCGAACGGUAUUCGCCGGCUAUGGAAAGUCAUAGCUCUUCAACCUCCGCACUGGGAGGGUUCCGCUGGCAGCGCUAAUGCUAGUGAGGGUUCUGAAGCGCGUAUCACAUGCGGAAUCCCGCACGGACAACCAGCGCCCAUUAUUCAUUGGGUCCUAAACGCUGAGCUGAUUAAAACUGGAAAAGACAUUAAAGCCACAGACUCUGAGCUAGUGAUCCAACGUGUGGAGAAGCGUCACGCGGGUAUCGUGCAGUGCUUCGCGUGCAACGCGCUUGGCUGUGCGUACGACGCCGCGCUGCUCACCGUCGUGCCCGUGCAGAUCUCUGACCAGGAUUAUUCAGCGGAGACCCCGAAGACGAUGCACAUAUCUUCACAGCCUCCAAAGAGACAUAAUAGGAAAAAUUCAAGAAAACAUAAAGCGGUUUUGAUUCCACCUUCUCGACCGAACGUAACCCGCCUGUCGGAUGAAAGUGUAAUGGUAUCUUGGUCUCAUGACAAUCACGGCCUUCCUAUACAGUUCUACAAAGUCCAGUACAGAGAAGUGACGAAUUCUUCAAACAUCCAGUGGCACACCGAAAAUAAUGAUAUUCCCGCUCACAUACACUCAUUUGAGAUUGACGGACUUACUCCCGAUAAAUAUUACAAGUUCCGUAUAGCGGCAGUGUAUUCAAACCAAGAUAACAAACUUGGGAGGAGUAGUGGCAAGUUCUAUUUACAACGUGGCGGCUUUCAGAGCCCCCGAGCUCCGGUCCUCGAUAAAGCUAUUGCAUUGUCACCUCACAGCAUCCAAAUCAAUUGGACGUGGGCGGCGCACGGGCAGGGCGUGCAGGCGGAGGGCUUCUACGUGUACUACCGCGCGGUGUCGUCGGCCGGCGCCUACGAGAAGGUGACGGCGCGCGGCGCGGCGCGCGGCCUGCAGCUGGCGCACCUGGCGCCCGACACCGCCUACGAGCUCAAGCUGCAGGCCUACUCGGCGCAGGCGCCCUCCGACUUCAGCGCGAUCCUGAUCGCGAAGACGCAGCGAGCCGUGGGCGCGGCGAGCAGCACGGAGUCGGCGCCCAAGGAGGAGGAGCGCGGGCCGCCCGCGCUGGUGACGGCGGGCGGCGCGGCGGGCGUGGCGGCGCUGCUGCUGCUGCUCGCCGUCACGCUGCUGCUGUGCCGGCGCGCGCGCCGCCCCACGCCCAAAGAGAAAGGCUCGCCGGAGGGCGGUGCUAACGGCUACCUUCCAGCGAAAGUGCCCAUCACCAUUACAGCUAACCCUAUGCAUGGAGAGGGCGGUGAUGGUGGAGUAGAAAUGUCGUUCAUUCACAACAACAAUUGCGGCAACACUACCAGUAGCGACGAUACUUUACCACAUCCAAGGAAAAAUGGACCUUCAACAAGGCAGUAUGUGUAAAUCAAGCUCAAUCAAAAGUGGACUAUAAAUAUUAUAAAAAGAACUGGCAAUUAAUUGACAGUGGCUAGAUUAAUAAUUCUACCAUUUUGGUAGUUUUACACUCAUAUCUUCAAAAUUCUAUUGUGAUAAUUAUCGCGUGAAGUGCGUGGACUCUUGACAGUACAAAAAUAUAUUUAUUGCUUCUUUAGUGUAUGUUUUACGUGAGAUGUGUGGAUUCGGUGUUUUGGCAUUUACUUGCUUUUAUUAGAUUUUAGUGAAUAUUUAGAAUAAAUUAUAUUUAAGGUUUAGGAUUGAGUCUUUGAAUACUGAACCGAACGGUGUAAAAAUUUCUGUGUGUAUUUUUUAAAUCAAGUGGCCUUAUUUUUGAACGAGUAGACUGUUAUCAUUACUAAAAGUUUGUAUUUUUUUUUAAUAUUUUUUUCAAUGCUGGCAAUUUUCUGUAUUUUUCUUUUAAAUAACAAAACAAACAACAUCUUUUGCAUAAAUCACUCAGUGGAGUAUCAUAGAAUUGUUCAAUUUUGUAAUAAUAUUUACUACUACACGAUACAUUAACAGUAUUACCAGUAAUACGGUAACAUUAACAGUUACCAAUAGUUACUUUAUAAUCGCCCUCCAUUUUUUUUAUUGAUGUAAUUGCAAAGGUGUAAAAAGUCAAAGGCCACUUCUGAACGAAUCAUCAAUUUUAAUUUUGUAUAAGCGCUUAUUAACUGUAAAGGUCUGAUUACACUCUUAAGUUGCAUUCCCAUUUAUAUAUAGGUUUAAAAUAGUAUUUUUGUGGAACAUCUCCAUUUAUGAUGCGAUAAAAUGACACCAAUAGUGCUGAUUUAUUUAUUAUAUAAGGUAAUGUAAAUUUUAUAAUACGAAGAUUGCCAUUUAAAAAACGGUUAUUUUUUACUCUGGUAUCAUUGUCAUUUAUGUCAUUUAUUUAGAAACUAUUACGCAAUAUGAAGUUAUUUUAAUUAUGUUAAAUGAAUUGUAAAAUUCUGAAUAGGUUGCUAAUAUUAUAAGACAGAACAAACAUAAAAUGUGAUGUGUGUGAUUUAAUUCAAUUAGCGCUUCGUUAAAACGUUACGUAUUAUUAUUAUUGGAUAAAACUCGUUCUAAUUUUAAAAGUUUUCGAAUUGAACAUUUUCCGAUAAAGUAAGUCUACGGAUUUAAAUCUUAUACAAAAUGAGAUGACUAGUAUCAUGCUCUUUUAUAUAUGCUAUAUUUGACUGAAUAUUUGGCGUCGUACUUAAAAUACUAUUGACGUAAAUAACACGAGCAAGAUUAUACGAUUUCCGUCAGUUUUUUAUUUAUGUAGGUUUAAUUUAUUUUAUAAAUCAAAUAAAUUAUCUUUUUUAUGGUUGUGAGAUUGGAUUUAUUUACAGUGACCGACUGUCGUAUUUUCGUUUUAUUUUUACGAUAUAAAAAAGCGCGAUGAAAAACAUUGUAGUUACAUUUUAUAUAAAUACUUUUUGCUUCGUCCAUAUCACUGAAGUGCCGUUUUAAUUUAAAUUUUUUAUUAACUUUAUUCGGUUUGAAUAGGGGUGAUACUGCCAUAGAUAAUAAACUUAAUUAAAAAAAUAUUUUUAGAAUGGCAAUGAUUUAUAUAAAACUCUUCUACAUUAAUGUCAUACACACGUAAUUAAUAUUUGUUACGAAAAUUAUUGAUUAGUUCUUUCAUAUCGAUCACUUUUUACUUUAUUAACUAUAUUGAUGUAAAUUAUUAAUAUCUUAUGAUAUUAAUGUUAUUUUAUAUGAUAUUGUAAUGCAAGUUAUAAUUAGUAAAAAAAAAUUUGUAUUAAACCGGUAAUAGUGUUUUUUCCAACGAGCUGUUACAAGCUGAUAUCGCUCGUCGUAAAUUAUUUUUUAAGAGUCACAGACUAUAUAAACUAAUUGUAUGUUUUUUGUGUAAAAUAAUAUUAUAAUAGACUUUUUAUGUUAAAAAUUGUGAAACGAUUUAUCGACUGUAUGAAACGUCAUCAGACUGAAACUUUUUGUAAACAAAAUAAAUCUAAAUUAUGAAACAAAA